UAGCAGGAUGUGAUUUCAACUACAAUCAUAAUAAUUAACGGUGACAACUGACAAAAAUAUAAUUAUAAUUAUUUUUCGUUGACGUCCAUGUAAUAUAUAUACACUAUACAGAGUCGGUCGGUUAAAUCACUUUUUUCAACGCUUUUUCGUCAGAUUAUUACAAUGGAUGACGAAAUUCAAACUUGGUGGGAGAUACCAAGUAUUGUACAUUUUUGUAAGGUUUUCACCCACAUCACUAAAGAUAUCAGCAAAAUAGACACAAAUGAAUUUGAAAAUGCAAUUAAAGAGAAUUCAUAUUUGUUGACUGAUAUGGCUAUCCGAUUUACCAAAGUUUGUGGUUUUUAUGAUCCAAAUACAAAUGAAUGGUGGAAUGUCAUGAAAAAAAAAUUUCAGAGUGAAUGCAUUGUUUACAACUUUAAGUAUUCACUAGAUUCAGCAACAUAUUUUGAUGAUUUGACACGUAAACAAAAAGUUGAAGCUCUUUACAUUUUUUGUAAUUUUAUUCUUGAUGUUAAGCAUAUUCAAAAUAAACUCUCCAAUAGUCCUAAUAUAUGGCACAUGUUAAACGUAAAACCACUAGGUUAUGAUCUGAAUAAAUCAGUGUAUUGGUAUUUUGGUAACAAUAAAUUAUAUAGAGAAGAUUUUGAGAAAUCAUUUGAUCUAUCUACUAACUUACCAGUAGAUAAUAAUGUCCACAGAAGACUUCAAUAUGAACCUUAUCCAUCAGGAGUUUUUGGCCCAGGAAAAUGGAAUAAAAUAUGUGAUAAUAUUGACAAUUGGCAUUCAUUAGCUGAUAUUACUGAAUACAGUAAAAAUAUAAACAUUAUAUAUUUACAUAAAGCAAUAUCUAAUAUUAUAUUAAAUCUUCCUAAAGUAAAGGAAAACAAAUCCUGUUAUACAUACAUAAAGCCUUUAAGAAGUAUUUGUACAAGAAGGCUUCGAUCUAUGGAUGUUAAGCAUGCUAAACCUAAAAAAAAUAUUUCAAACUCUAGUGUUAUUCAGCACAAACAAUACUCACAAAAUAUUAUGGAAAACCUGACUAAACAGAGAAAUGAUUCAACAGCUUCUCAAAGGAAUGAAAUUUCUAAUCUAAAGGUAUUUGACCAAAACCAAAAUGUUUCAUACUCCACAAAUAUGUUUGACAAUGAUAAUACUCAAAUUGGAAAAUUAAACAAUAAAACAGCAUUAAAAUUACCGAAAAAUGGCAAUGAAAAAAUGCUUAGUAAAUGUGUCAAAAAUAAUAUAGAGUUUGAGCGUGUACUUUGUAUAAAAAUCAAACGUUGUGAUCAAGAAGAUACUCAUUAACUUCWAACGUAAAUUACAGUCCUCAAUAAAUGAAACCAAAACACUGUAAUUUA